AUGAUUGAUGCACCCGCUACAAUAUCGACGGCCCGGAGAAGGGAUCGCAAGUCUCCUUAUCUUCACAGAAACAAUGCUACGAGAGCAAGGACCAAGGUGAAAGCCCUAGCCGUCCAGUCCAACCAUCUGCAAAACAGACCUGUCGAAAACAAGGACUGCUUGUCGCCUGGAACCAACACCACCAGCACCACCAACUCUGGAACCCGCAAACUGGCCAUGGCAGUGGAUCCCUAUCAGGUGGAAAUGAGCGUUUCGGCUUCCAACAGUUUCAACUCGCAAAUACCGUCCAUCGCCGUGUCGACGCUGUCGCCUGUAUCGGAACAACCAAUCAUUGCGGCUCCUCGUUCUCCGCGACACAAGGCGAUUCAAUAUCAGAAAGCCCACAAAGCUAGACGGUCGCCCAUGGCUGCCGCUUACGCUACCGCUAUUGCCAACACGCAACGGAUCAGUCCAUCGGCUUCUCCCAAGCGCACUCGAUCCAUUGCAACCAACGUUGAGGUGGUCAAGCCAACCACCAUCAAGCCGACUCCUCGACGACAGACCGCAGCCGCGACCACAACGAUACCGGUAAAGAUUAUCAAACCCAAAGCCACCAAACCUCGUCCGUCGUCCCCCCUGCGCACCCGCAACAGUCCCAAGACACCCAUAAGUCCUGCCACCAAUAACACCACUACCACCGGAACUAGCACUUCCAUCAAUACCAAUCCGGAUCCCCCUGCCAUGCAUCAUCAUAAUCUGCGUCAUCAUAUUGUCAAUGAUCCACCCGCAUUGCAGCCUUCCAGAUCCAAAGACAGCCACACCACAUUCAGCACGACCACGUGGCAUGAUGAACGUCUCAUGAAAAGCUUGAAUCAUUCCAACACCUUUCAAAAACGACUGGAAGAACAGGCAGCGGAAGCCAUUCGCAAGGCCGAGAAAAAGACCAUGAAGGAAUACGAUAAGAAGCUCAGCAAUUGCCUCAAAACGAUUGAAGCCAUUGAAAAGCGGAAACGAAAUGAUCUACGAUUGGUCGAACUGCGGAAAAAGGCGGAAAUAGAAAGGUUCGAAACCGAGUUGGCGCAGCAAAUCUUUGACGACGAAAUGAAACGCCUCAAGGAUCUACAAGAUCGCAUGAAGGCCAAUGUGUUGAGGUUAAAGGCCGAAAACACGGAACUGGAACAAAACUGUCGUCACAUGGCAACGCGGAACAAACAGCUGCAGGAGGAAAUCCAGUCGCGACAACGAGUGCAACAGGAAGUCGAUCAGCACGGCGAAAUUGUAUCGCAACUAAACAACAUCCAUCAAGUCUUCCAGCAAGCCCAUCGCACGGCAGAGCAAGACUUGAGUCGAUUAGAGCAGGACUGCAGAAAGGAAGUCAAGGAACGGAAGAAAAUACAAAAGUGGAUCAAAUCCUUGAUCAAGUUGAUGGAUGAGCGCUGUGAUCACCCCGUCUUGCUCAAGAGAAUACACAAGAUCGAUGAAACCUUCCAAGCUCAACGUGAAUUGGUAAUCAAUCUUCGUCGAGCCAGGAAACGGUCCAGCAAGAGAAGUCAACAAAGUGGAACCACAGCCGUCCUGAAACGAAAGGUCAGUGACAUGCGAAAGCAAGCGCGGGAAAAGACUCAAAUCUUGGAAGACCGGGCCCAAUUGACUGCUGACUUGGCAAAGAGACGACAAAAGAAAGGCGAACGAGAAGAGCUAGUAGAGCGGGAGCACCGAGAGGGACAUCCUAAGGAGUCAAACGAGACGGUGGGUCGGGUGGAAGAAGAGUUGAUGGCUCAUCCACACGAGGAAGAGGAGAGGGCUUGCCGAAAGAACGAAAAGAAACCGUGGCGUCAAGAAGUGGAGCGAGAUCGACGAGAAGUGGAACGAGAUCGAUGGCUGGAAAAAGAGGCGAAAGACUUCCGAGAAUAUCGUGCCCAAGUGACCAAUAAAAAACGACGGCAACGGGAUCAACGAGAGGAUCGAGAGAAACCGGAUCAACGAGAGGAUCGAGAGAAAUGGGUUCAACAACGAGAGGAUCGAGAGAAAUGGGUUCAACAACGAGAGGAUCGACAGAAACAACACCAAGCAGAGCAAGAGCCGGAGCAAGAAGAGACAUUUCAUGAAGAGGACGAAGAAUUAGCUCGUGAGGAGGAACAAGAGUUGAUGCACCAACAGCAAGAAGAGUUGAAGGCUCGUCGGAAAAGGGAAAAGAGGGCUCGGUGGCGUGAAGAGGAACAAAAGUUAAUUCGUCAGGAGGAAGAAGAGUUGAUGCAGCAGCAAAGAGAAGCGUUGAUGCAGCAACAAAGAGAAGAGUUGAUGCAGCAACAAAGAGAAGAGUUGAUGCAGCAGCAGGAAGGAGAGUUGAUUCAGCAACAUGAAGAAGAGUUGAUUCAGCAACAGGAAGAAGAGUUGAAGGCUCGUCGAAAAAGGGACAAGAGAGGUCGGUGGCGCGAAGAGGAAAAAGACUUCAUUCACCAGGAAGAAGCAGAGUUGAUUCAGCAACAGAAACAAGAGUUGAUGCAGCAACAGGAAGAAGAAUUGAAGGCUCGUCGAAAAAGAGAAAAGAAGGCUCGGCGGCACGAAGAAGCAAAGGCUCGUCGAGAAGAAGACAAAGCUCGGCAGCAAGAAGAAAAUGAAAGAAUUCGGCAGCAGCUGGAAGAGGAGGAGAGAGCUCGGUUGCAAGCAGAAGAGGUGAAUGCUCAACGUGAAAUUCACGAAGCAUUGGCGGCUCGCGACAAGCACGGGAUGGAAAAGAAGGUUGCAAGGACUAGCAAAAGGCUGAACAAACGUCGCAAAGAUAUUGAAGAAAUCGUCAAUGAAAUGCGAUGUCUGGAAGGGGUGGAGGGCGAUCCGUCAGUGCCGCUCUUUACUUUGGCAGAUUGA